AGCAGCAGCAGCAGCAGCAGCAGUGACUCCUCUCAAGUGUCAGCAUCUCUGUGACAUUCUUGACUACGAGGCAACACAGCUGAUUCAGCACAGCUCUGACUCGGGAGGAAAAGUUCCUUCCACUCCUUGAGAUUCUACUCCUUUUCUAAAUGACAGAAGAAGGAUGCUCUACCAUGUACGGAUACCGUUCUCAUCUAGAUUCUCACGUGCUGUUUUGGAUGCUGAUCUCUGCACCUCACGCCUCCUGGUGUCCACCACCCCUCUACCUCCGCCUCUGCUCACACUUCUCCCCCUCGAUCGUCCCUGGCAUAUGAGGUCAAGUUCUGGGGCUUUCUCGACCACCUCGGUCCUCGCUCCAGCUGUUCUGUGACCCUGAUGCCUCAGUGCCACACUUGACCCGACGGCUUCCCAGGCAAAACAGAGGGAUUUACUCUGACCUCCUGCUUCCGACCAGAGGGAAAAUAAUCUGUCCUUUAACAGCUAAUAGAAGAGACCAUCACGCGGGGGAUGAGAAAUCCCAACACACUUGUCAUGCUUGGACGCCAAUAAAUCGCACAACCAUGGAGGGAGAGAAUCUACUGAACUCCACCGUGAAUAGCACCGCGAUGGACAUCCACCCAGUGACUCACAACCUCUGGGAGGUGAUCACCAUCGCGACCGUGUCGGCGAUAGUCAGCCUCAUCACCAUCGUGGGCAAUGUCUUGGUGAUGCUCUCGUUUAAAGUCAACAGCCAGCUGAAGACGGUGAACAAUUACUACCUGCUGAGUCUGGCAGCUGCGGACCUCAUCAUAGGUGUUUUCUCCAUGAAUCUAUACACCUCUUAUAUACUGAUGGGCUACUGGGCCUUGGGAAACCUCGCCUGUGACCUGUGGCUGGCUGUAGACUACGUAGCCAGUAAUGCGUCCGUCAUGAACUUGUUGGUGAUCAGUUUCGACAGAUAUUUCUCCAUCACCAGGCCUCUGACAUACAGGGCCAAAAGGACUCCUAAACGAGCGGGGAUUAUGAUAGGCUUAGCCUGGCUGGUGUCUCUCAUCCUGUGGGCUCCGCCGAUACUCUGCUGGCAGUACUUUGUGGGGAAACGGACAGUCCCGGAGAAGCAGUGCCAGAUCCAGUUUUUCUCAGAGCCCGUAAUAACCUUCGGGACAGCGAUUGCAGCCUUUUACAUCCCCGUGUCAGUCAUGACAAUCCUCUACUGUCGAAUCUACAAGGAGACGGAGAAGAGGACCAAGGACCUGGCUGAACUUCAGGGGAUUAACCAUAGCACAGACUCUGGGGUCAGUCAGCCUCAGAAGACCAUGAUCCGAUCCUGUUUUAGCUAUAAAAAAACUUCCCAAGACAGAAACCAAGCCUCCUGGUCAUCUUCCAACAGGAGCAAUGCCACCAAAUCAGCGGCCAGCACAAAUGACGAGUGGUCCAGAGCUGGUCAGCUGACCACCUUCAACAGUUAUGCCUCCUCGGAUGACGAGGACAAGCCCGUUUCACCGGGAGGCUUCCAGGCCCCGGACAGGGACCAGGCCUGCGACACGAGCAAGAGCGGAGUGGGCCGUGAGAGCGAGCAGCUCGGCAGCUUCGACGAAGACAACUUCUUCCAGAUGCUGCCAAAAAGCAACUCUCAGAGGAGCGGCAAGUGUGUGUCGUACAAGUUCAAAGCCACGGCCAAAGACGCUCACGGCGAGCACCAGGGCAAGAACGGGGACGCCAAGAUGACGUCGUCGACGUUCUCCUCGGCCGAGUCCAUGAGCGCUCCGUCCACGUCCUCCGCGUCUAAACCCAUAGACGCCAUCCUGAAAAGCCAGAUCACCAAGCGGAAGAGGAUGGUGCUGAUCAAGGAGCGAAAGGCAGCUCAGACUCUGAGCGCCAUCUUGCUGGCGUUCAUCCUGACGUGGACGCCCUACAACAUCAUGGUGCUCAUUUCGACCUUCUGCUCGGACUGCAUCCCCCUCUCCCUGUGGCAUCUCGGCUACUGGCUGUGCUACGUCAACAGCACGGUUAAUCCCAUGUGCUACGCCCUGUGCAACAAGACUUUUCAGAAGACCUUUCGCAUGCUCUUGCUCUGUCAGUGGAAGAAGAAAAGGAUUGAGGAGAAACUGUACUGGUACGGACAGAAUCCCGUGGUCAGCUCCAAACUCACAUGAAUUAAUGCUUUCCGAGACGCACGGUGACAGUAGUAAAUUGUCUGGAAUUCAUAUAUAUCUAUAUAUAUAUAUAGAUAUAUAUCUAUAUAUAUACUUAUAUGUGUUGGUCAGCAGUUAUUUCUGCUCAGACUAUGAAAAUGGAAGCACAUGUUAAAGUGGUCUGAAUAUGCUUUAAUCAAUGACAGUGUACAUAGUUUUAAAAAGGGAAGAUUGGUGCUUUCAUACAAUAAAUGCCAUCAAUUAUAACACAUGUAUUAUUUCCUAUUUUAGUGUAUUUGUAUUCAAGUUGCACUGUCUAAUAACUGACUUGCUAUAUAGGUCCAUAAUUGUCGGGGCUGUGUUGGUACUGAGGAGUUGGUUUGUUUAUUUUUCAAGGGCUAAUACGUCUCAUGUCUUCUUGAUGUUGGAAUCUGCUUGCAAAGUCAAAAUCAAAUCGAAUCAAUGUGCUGUUGUCAUUUGUAAGAGGAGUGAAUAUAAAUGAAUAUCCGUGGUUCUCAUUUGACACGUUCUGUCCUGUAAAGUGUAAUUAUUCCAUGAAUUGAAUUUACAAAAAUAAUAAAUAAUAUUAAAUGAAAGCGUACCCGAACAACAAAAACAACAUUUUCAUAAAGCUCGCCGAACAGUAUCACUGUUUACAACAGUUCACGGAGGAUUAAGAGCACAGAGUAUUUAAUUUUAUUUUUUAUUAUCCUCAGGUUUUUUUAUUUAUUUAAUUUAUUUCCUUUUGAGUAUUAAAAUUAAAACAGUAUUUGUACAGUAACCAAAUCAAUUUGUCUUCAUAUCUUUGUUGUAUUUCUGGUAAACUUGUAAUGUCCUGUGGCAAAACAAAACUUUGUGAAAUGUUCUUUAACCAAAAGAUAUUUUACAUGUGUCAUAAACGAAACACUUUCUUGCUGCUGUAAAAAAAAAAAAAAACAGAACUCUGCACUGACUUGAGGAAUGAGAGGCACUGUUUUGCUGCUUGUAUUGAUAUGCUGGAAAAAGACUUGAUGCAUUUUUUUUUUACAACUUUGUUUGUGUUUAACUCUUCGUUCUUCGGUAUUUCGCGAUUAUGUUCAUGGAAUUUCUGAAUAAAAUGUGCUGAAGUCA